GCACGGGAAGAAGCAGGAGACCGGCGCGGCGGCAAGAGGAAGAGAGGAGCUGCAGAGCGAGCAGAGUGAAGGAGGAGAAGAAGAAGAAGAUCAGUCGAUCACAGGCAAAGGACCGUGCCAAGAGAGGGCAAGAAUGGGGGAGGCGCCGUGCGUCGUCGUCGGGCCUCGCCGCGCCGCCGCGCCGCACUCGUUCCGCCUGGCCCGCCACGGGCGCCGGAAGGUCCACGUCGUCCGGCUCGGCGGCGGCCCCGGCGCGCGCGCGCCGGCGGCGCGCCGAGGGUUCAGGCUCCGGCGGUGGCUGCGGCGCGCGGCGUGGCGCCUCGCGGAGCUCUGCGUGGCGGCGCUGGCGGGCCAGGGCCACCACCCGGCGGGGGCGCCGCCGCCCUGCGCCCACCCGCCGUGGGCGGGCGUGGAGCCCUACUUCGCCGCACCCUUCGUCCCCGUCGCGCGGAUGAAGCGCGCCGCCGGCGCGCAGGCCUAGCUCGAGUUUGUCUGGCCGCGCUCUCCGCGACGCGCGCGCGGGACUGAUCGCUGACGCAUUAGUUGCCGGCGACGCGCCGCGGCGCGUCGGCGUGCGGCGAACUCGAGAGACCGCGCGUGCAUGGUGUGCGCGUCUGACAGCAGGUGGAUCGUGUACAGGAGCGCACUGUGCUAUCUUCUUCCUCCUCCUCCUCCUUCUUCUUCUUCUUCUUCUUUUUUUUUUUUUUUGCUUCUUAAGGCAACGAAGAAGCAUCUGCAGCAGUACUGUGGAACAGUGCGCUGCCGCAGCUCCAAUCAUGGGGGCGUUACUUACAGAUUAUUAUUGUUUUCGAUCGAUCCCUUAAUGUAGCUUAAUUAGAAAGAAAAAAGUAGCCCAAGCCACUGUGUUACGGCACAUACUGUUUGUACUGGCUGCUGAUCAAUCUUAACGCAAGAGUAUAGCUGGUUUCUGUUCCCUCC